GGUUGGGAAACACUGACCUAAAGGUAUACGUAUACUUAAAAAAUCGUCGUUAACCGCAUUAGUUUCAUAUCGAUAAUAAUAUAAGUACCAGACAUCUGCAGUAGCUCAGGUAGCUAACACCAACGCAGAAUUUCAUGUCCGUGGUCUACGUUAAUUGUUUUAAAUCGUGAAUUAUAAUUAUUGUUAAUCGCUUUUUAUUAUAUUUAAAAAAAAUAAAGAAGAAUUCUUUAAAAUGGCCACCGAGAAUUGCAAUUUUCCAAGUACCUUAGACAUGAAUGAAUUGCCCGUAGUGCGGAUCAAACUAAACACACCGCCUUUAAAAUGUAUUGUGAAAGCCAUAUUACCUGACUUAUUAGACAACUUUGAAAAUGCUAGUGCAGAGGUAGUUCAAUGUCCAGAUUUAACUCAACCUCCGUUUAACUUAGCUUCCGAAGGAUUAAAUGGCGACGAAAAUGUAUUUGACAUUGGUGAUAUCACUAAUUUAAUACCUUCGAUAAAGCGAGAAAAAUUGUACAACAUCAAAGAUUUAAAACGGAUUACUGGGUCCGAUCCUUUGGUUAUCAUUGGAGCUUGUGCCGGCCCUUAUCCAUUUUUCGGAGUCGACAGUGAGUGUGUGGAAAAUGUUAAAAUGACCGGCGAUCGAGUGGAAAACGGAACACAUGUUUACAUGAUGAAGUCUGAUGACGCUGCUGCAGAGUGUUGCCACAAGUCAUUACCCGACGAUGAAAUGAGGUUUUCAAUAAUAGCCAAUUUCUUCACUAGUAAUGGUUUUAAAGGAGAGGUUUUAAAAAUUGUGUGCGAAAUAAGAAAAGGUCCGUUAAGUUUUAGCACGUGCAUUAGAGAAGCGUUAGAAAAGCAUUUUGGCGAUGAGAUAAUUGCGAUAGGUGGAGUAAUACUCAUUGAAAAUGGAAAAGUGAAAGUUCAUGUUAUUAAACCGAGCUUGGCAAAAAUACCUUUGCAAUCAGAAAAAGAGUUAGGCAAAUUGGUAAAUUUCAUUGAAUUAUCUCCUCCGUCGGUGGGUGUUGGAUGCAUCGUUUCUCAUGAUCCCGGAUUGAAUUUAAGACUCCAACAUUUCCACUUGUAUACUGAUCGCAAUCAAGGAGGCCAUUACCAUAUCGAUACGGAACCGAAUACCAUAAAAUAUACUGGUUAUUUUGGAGUUUCCAAGCAGUUUACUAAAAUUGAUCAGUCAAACUUUAUGUUAUAAAGUAUAAUUAAUUAUAAACGACAAUUCAGUUUGGUAUAUUUUUACCGAUACUACCUUUCUUAAUUCUUUCAACUGCUUUUUAGCCGUGGUGAAACUUUUUAUCUAUAUAUAAUAUGAAUAUACAAUUGUGUAAAUACUAGGUAAAUUAUGUAGUUUUACAAACUUUUCUGAAUACAUUAAUUAAGUUAAUA